AUGGCUUCUAAAUCGGGUCGAACCCCGAUCCGAUCUACCUCCACCGCUCUCCGAUUGGCUCGAACCUUCCUCCGAUCCUUUGCCAACAUCAAAUCCCAAGAACCCGCCAUCCUUCCAUCGCCUCCCGAGCUCAAACGUCAGAGUCGACGCAUAAAAAUGGUGGCAUAUUCCUCCAUGGCUCGUGCGGCUGGGCCACGGUGUGCUUGGGCUAGAGCCCUCCUUUUCAAGCUUCGGAUGCGAGCUAGACACCGGACUCUAAUAACACGGCGCCGCUACCACCACCACUCGGACGACCGGGUGGGGAAGCUCCGGCGGCUGGUGCCCGGUGGGGAGAGGAUGGAUGUGUGCAGCUUGCUGGAGGAAACUGGGGAGUACAUCCAAUGCCUGAGGACGCAGGUUAAGGUGAUGAAAGCCAUAUGUGAUCAUCAGUUUUCAACCAAUUGA